CGUGCAAACAAUAUUCUCUACUGUAAAAUGCUAAAGGAAGAAGAAAGUGGGAAAAAAAACACAAAUCUAUAUCUUACACUUGUUUUGAUUUUGUUUCAAGAAAGAAGGUGUCACUGCUGCUGAAUCCAGGUAGUAAUCAAUCUAUAUUAUCAUCUCCAUGUUCAAAUGCUAACUUUCGAAUUGGGUCUAAGUAAAACUAGAUAUAUUUUCCCAUUUUCUAGGCGACCCAGUUGACUUUAAAUGAGUUAAAUUACAGAGGAAAAAGGAUGGAGUUGACUAUAACACAGCCGGAUGAUUGGCAUCUCCACCUUCGUGAUGGGGACCUUCUCAAAGCUGUAGUCCCUCACAGUGUAGCCCUGUUUGGAAGGGCAAUAGUGAUGCCAAAUCUGAAACCUCCCAUCACUACAACAGCUGCAGCAUUGGCUUAUCAAGAAUCCAUCUUGAAAGCACUGCCUGCUGGUUCAACCUUUACUCCUCUUAUGACACUUUACUUGACAGAUACAACAAGUCCCAUUGAGAUCAAGCUUGCAAGAAAAAGUGGAGCUGUAUUUGGUGUAAAGUUGUACCCUGCUGGUGCAACAACAAAUUCUCAAGAUGGGGUUACAGAUCUUUUUGGGAAAUGUGUACCUGUUCUUGAGGAAAUGGUUGAGCAAAAUAUGCCUCUAUUGGUUCAUGGAGAGGUUACGGAUCCUGAUGUUGAUAUAUUUGAUCGCGAAAAGGUUUUUAUUGAAACUGUUUUGCGGCCCUUAAUCGAGAGGCUUCCACGGCUGAAAGUUGUGAUGGAGCAUGUAACCACUUUGGAUGCAGUUAGGUUUGUGGAGUCAUGCAAAGAAGGCUAUGUGGCUGCAACUGUCACACCACAACAUCUUCUGCUUAAUAGAAAUUCUAUAUUCCAAGGAGGAUUGCAGCCUCAUAAUUACUGCCUCCCCGUACUCAAAAGAGAGAUCCAUAGACAAGCUCUAGUGUCUGCUGUCACCAGUGGAAGUAAAAGAUUUUUCCUUGGAACUGAUAGCGCUCCUCACGAGAGACGAAGCAAAGAAUGUGCUUGUGGUUGUGCUGGUGUAUUCAAUGCGCCUGUGGCACUAUCAGCAUAUGCCAAAGUCUUUGAAGAGGUUGGUGCUCUUGACAAGCUAGAGGCUUUUACAAGCUUUAAUGGGCCAGAUUUCUAUGGGAUUCCCAGAAACAACUCGAAAAUUAAACUGAGCAAAACUCCAUGGAAAGUUCCUGAUUCUUACUCUUAUUCUUUUGGAGAACUAGUCCCAAUGUAUGCUGGAGAAACACUUGACUGGAAACCAUCCUUGGACUGAAUCAGCUUUCAAAUUUGGACAAGUCAUGAUUCUCAUUUCCAUCAUUUUUUCCCCUAUGAAUUUCAAUCUAUCAUAAGCUUACUAAUUUAUAGUUGUCCUCGUGCCUGGAUGUUAUAAACAUUAAAAUAAUUGUUUUGUAUUUCCAUUUUUUUUUAUAAAAAAAACUUGAAAA